AUGGCGCUUUUUUCUCUUGUUAACUGCCCGGGUUCCGAGGCCUCCGGCACCGUGUUCCAUUUUUCCCGAAGAAUCGGAGUCCGAAUGGGACCACCCGUGUUUUUAGUUUUCGUGGGCACGUUUUUGUUUUUAGACUUUCCAUCAUUUUCCGGGUGCGUCCGAGCUCUUGCUGACGAAGCAAGGGAUCCAUCCUGUGUGACUACAGGGGCUGUUACCAAGUGCACUUGCACACAAAGUCAGGAACAGGGUAGACCUGAUCUCACAGCAACCCUGUCUCAAGAGAAAAAUGUCCUUGAAAUUGGCUGCGAUAGAGAUAAUCAGAAGUGUGCUCCUGCUGAACUGACUGGAAAUGUGGUCUGUCCAUCAACCAUAACAGAGUUGAAGAGCUGCACAAGCAGAGUCACAGGAACCAACCCUACGUCGUUCGACAUCAACACACUUCUCAGUGGUUCCCCGACAAGCAUAUCCUGGCAAAAAUGCGAUGGCAAUGACGGUGCCUGCACCACUAAGAAGCUGACUAUCCCUCCUGAAAAUUUCCCCUUUGUCGACCAAAAGUUCAUGGUCGGUUGCGUAAAAAGAAACGACUCCAAAGAUACAAUGAAGGUGACAGUAACGCUGGAAGCGAGACCGAGUACGACGGAAGGACAGACUGUCAAAUGUGCCUACGGGGUGAAUAGCAAUAAAGCACACCACACCGUGACUCUGACUCCGGAGAAGAACAGCUUCACUCUGGUGUGCGGGACAUCUGGAGAAGUUCUGCCCACAACCUACGAAACCAACUACUGUGUCAGUGACAACGGGAACGAUGCGUCAGCCUCGUGCCAGGGAUCAUAUGGAGACAUUUUUCCGAAUUACGAACAGACAUGGUGGACCGCAACCGCAACCACGAACGAGUACAAGUUCGUGAUUCCAGAAGGGCAGUUCCCAGCAGAGGGACAGAAGAUUACGGUUGGAUGUCGAAAGAAAAAAACCGGUGUGUCCGGCCAGGAGAGGACAGAAAAUGAUAAAAAGGAUUCGAGUGUGUGCAGCGUUGACGUGACGAUUGUGGCAUCUGCAGCCUCACCUGCGACGUUGACGAGUGGCAUGGCUGUGAUGUUGUUGUCGUUAGUGGGGAUGGUCUCGGCAACUCUAUUGUAG